UACGUACGUACGUACGCAUGCAUAUAGAAACGUAAAGUUUGAAUCCAGACAUUGAUAGAGCUCCCCAUUCUGUUCUACAGUAAUUCGGGUGGGCCCUACAGCUCUCCCUCCUCACUCCAUACGUGCAGCUGCUGGGGAUUCCCCACACCUGUGCGGCCCCAUUUCCGGCCUCAUCGUGCAGCCUAUCGUCGGAUACUACAGCGACAACUGCACCUCCCGCUUCGGCCGCCUCAAACCGUUCAUCGCCGCCGGAACUGCGCUUGUUGCAAUGGCCGUUUUCCUCAAUAGAGCAAGGGCCCAAAGCCUAGGGCAAUUGCCGUUUUUCUCAUCGGAUUCUGGAUUCUCGACGUUGCUAAUAACAUGUUGCAGGUUUGAAUUGGAUUGCGUGGUUCCCUUUCCUGCUAUUCGACACAGAUUGGAUGGGGAAAGAGGUGUACGGCGGGAAGGUAGGCGAGGGGAAUCUGUACGACCUCGGCGUACGCGCCGGCGCGUUAGGUUUGAUGCUGAAUUAGGUGGUUUUGGGGGUGGCGUCGCUUGGGGUGCAGUUCUGCUCAAGAGGGCUUGUAAAGGUGAAGAAGCUUUGGGGCGGCGCCAAUUUCUUGCUGGCCAUUGGUUUAGCGAUGACGGUGGUGAUCACCAAGAUGGCGCAGCACACGCGCCACUACGGCGCUGAUGGGACGCUGCAGACGCCGGAGCCCGGCGUCAAGAUUGGAGCUUUGGUAUCUCUCGGCCUAUCACUUGGAGUUCUAAAUCUUGCAAUAGUUAUUCCACAGAUGCUGGUUUCCGUAACAAGUGGGCCGUGGGACGAUCUCUUCGGAGGUGGGAACCUACCUGCAUUUGUGGUCGGGGCAGUGGCCGCCGCCAUCAGCCGUGUUUUGGCCCUCACGAUCCUUCCAUUGCCACCUCCUGAAGUGGUGGCAAGCAAGGCUAUGACUUCCGGAGGAUUUCACUAAAAUUAUAAUUAAUGUGUCUCUUAUUACACGCGUUUAUCUAGACUUAUAAUUGCCGUUUAUUAUCUUUAAU